GAUUGGCAUGUCAAAAAAGUAAAUAGAUAACAUAAGAGAGUGGGAUGUUGUUUAAUAGGAAAAUACUUAAAGUUAUUGAUUGGAACUGUUGAAAAGUGCAAAACAAUGGCUUUGCCGACUGCCCAACCAGCAGAGGUUCUGAGAGCGUGGCAGAAAGACGACCACUAUGAGAAACAACUUGCGGGAUCUAUGGCUAGGCUUAUGCCUUCAAAUCACGCAUCUAAAGCCGUUCCCAUAUCUUCCCUGCUAUAUAAAUCGUUCACUACGCUAAACGACUUGCAGACUCUCGGCGAAGAAUAUUCCGGAAUCGUUCAAGUGGACGAAACGUACCUUAAACUCCCAACAUUCGGCAAUAGACUUCUCAGCAUCUUGUUAUCAGCAUUUGGUGAAAAUUUGACAAGAAAGGUACUUCGGUACGCUGAAACUGCCGUUGAACAAAAUGCUACGUUAAAACCUGCGGUCCAAAACUCGCUCGUAGUAUUGUGUAAGGCUGUGGCUAAUAUGCUGCCGCAGUUUGAAAGCAUACACAGAGCUCUGUGUUAUAUUAGCGGUGGGCCUAUACAACUUGGGAAGACCGCUUCAGGGAUUGAUUAUGUACAAGUUAGACCGGCCGCUGCAGCAUACUAUGCUCAUUUAAGAUUAUUAGGCAUGGUAACACUACUGCAUGCUUUUGUUUCUUGUGGUCAGAGCGUUUAUCAGGCUAAAAGACACAUGGAACAAAUGAGAGAGUUUCCCAAUGAAGUUGAUAGCAACAAAUCUUGUGUAGCAUGCUUGGAGGAGAUAGUUCAGCCUUGUGUGCUGCCUUGCGGACAUAUUUUUUGUAUGGAGUGCAGUUACGGAGCGUUGGAAACAUGUGCAUUAUGCCGCACACCAUUUUUAAAGAAUAGUGUUGUGCCUCUUAUGAACUAUUCUCCAUGACAUCGUAAAUAUUAGAACUUGUAUAACCAAAGGCAGAGAUAUAUAAAGUCUAAGAAAAAAAUGUGCCUUGGAAAUCAAGAAAAAGUCAUUCUCGAAUAGAUGGCGCCAUACCUUUGGCCUAUUCUCGGCUAGAUGGCGUUGACGACACCGUUUGAUAUUUAACAAUUUCCACACAUAUCAGUGAAAGAACAUGGGUCAGUAUGGAACAAUAAAAAUUAAAAAUCAUUUAUCCGUAAACAUAUUUUGAUUAAUUUAUACAUUUUCAAUUUUUUUUAAAGUUUUAAUUGUGUGUCAAUAGAUGGCAGUAAAUGUACCGUGACUACAAAAUUUACUUUGGCAAUAGCCCUCUAUACUAUCUAUUCUCUUUGCCAAAGGUAAAAGUAAAUCAAGGGCAAUUGGUGAAAAAAUUAGUUAUAGUUAAUUAUGUAUAACACUUUAAACUCUCGCGUUUUGUACACAUAUUCAAUUACACAAACGGGUCUACCGCGAUAUAAUUUCAUUGUUUUUACCUUUAAUUCCGACG